CAGAACCAUUUUUUUUUCGUUUAAUUCGUGUUGUUGGUGCUAGUGUAUUUAAUGCGCACACAUAAACACGCACACACGUACAUAAUGUAUAGUUAUCGUCGUCAGUGAGUUCAAGUGUGCUCGUUUCAUUGAUUUGAUUUUAAUUUGCUUUUCUAUGUUUCUUUUUCUGUCCUUUUUGUCAUAUUUUUUUUUUUAUUUUUUUUGUAUAAUAAUAUUUUACUGUCUUGGCGAAAAUCGUAAAAUCAAAUCGUAAACUUUUUGUUAAUUGUGAAAUUAUUUUUAUAUAAAUUUUGUUAAAACACGAACGAACGUAUUUGUGUCGUGAUAAAAUUUAAGUCUGACAGAAUGUAAGCAACGUAUGUGAAAGACUGCGGAUACUCAUCUGUGGAGUUAUUAGACGAUUGUAACCGAAAACCUUGGCCUAUUGUUAGCUUUCGAGUGAAUUUUAUUAAUAAUAUUAAUAUCGAAAACAUUUUCGGUGUCAUAGAAAGUUUUGUUGUUAUAUCUACUAAAUCCGGGAAUUUUGACUUAUAUUUCGAUUGAAUUUUAUUUAAUUUUUUUUUUUUUUUCUAUUGUAUCCAGAAAACUUACCAGAUUUAUAGUAGCAUAGUACAAGAGGAAGAAGAAAAAAAAAAAAAAAAAAACAAAGAAAAGUGUUAUUUCAAUUUUUAGACGAUCGAUGUGUUGUAUGAACGUGAACGAGUGUUUGCGUGCGUGCGUGCGUGCGUGCGUGUGUGUAAAAGUGGAGCCAUAACUGACAACAACGGUGUACAGCGGUGUGAAUAUUAUUUGUAUUCGCUUUCUGUGUAAGGCUCCCAAACAACUACAGUUAUUAUAUGCUUAUGUAUAGGUGAUAUAUACAACCAACACAAAGGGUGAAUAAUGCUUGACGGAGACAAAGAGAAAGCAAAACGCACUUUACAGUAAACUAAAUGUAAUAAUAAUUACUAUAAAACUACUAUAAUUGUCACCGCUUAAUCGGGCUAGUACUUGCACUCUCUACGCGCGUUGUGUGGGUUUUGUAAGAAAAAAUAAAAACAGAAAAACAAAAAAAACAAAAUUAAAAGCAAUCCUAGAGGGGAAAAUUUAGUAAAAAGCGUUGACGUAGCAUUGAUGGGCAUUAUUUUGCUCGCGUUUACGUAUGCAUAUGUGUGAUCUCUAAUGGAGUAAACGGAAAAAACGAACAAAAUCAAAGGAAGAAAAUCGUGUAUAGUUGUAUAGACUGGCUGAGUGUGUGUACGUACGAGGUCUGUGAAGAAAAACAAAAGUAUAUACAGCAGCAACAACAGCGACGACGACGACGACAACAACAACAACAACAACAUCAACAACAACAACAAAAAAUAAUAUCGCUCGAAUCGCGUUCACAUAUUAACAAAACAAAUCCAGUUGAUUUUCUCUUGGAGCCAGCAUUUUUACAGCAAAUUUUUUUCUUCUCUUUUUAUUUGGCCAACUCCAUUAAACGCAAUAAAGAAAAAAAUAAAUAAAAAAAAAAAAAGGCAUUAACAAGCAACCAGUAUCAAUAUUAAUCCACUAUUAACCAUUUUCCUUUUUCACUUCUUUGUCGCUGGAGUUUUUUUUGUUUUGUUUUGUUUUGUUUUUUUUUUUUCAACUUUAUCAAGUUGAGUUACUUCGUCAACCAUCGUCGCCAUCGUUCUCAUCAUCAUCGCCAAUAUCAGUAGCAACAAAACUGUAGCAUUAGCUCCUCUGUGCUUUGUUGCGUUUUUGCAUUACUCCUCCAUAAUUUGGACACCAUGGCGUGUCUGAAUACAUUGAAAUUGGAAAUAAAAACAUUGGAGAAGAUCUUCACCAAAAAUCACGAACGUUUUCAAAUUCUCAAUUCGAGUGUAGACGAACUUACAUGUCGGUUUAUUGGCAAAAAUGGCAAACGUUAUGACAUUCAUGCCAACAUUACGGAAACGUAUCCAUCGUCACCGCCUGUGUGGUUUGCGGAAAGUGAAGAAACAAGCGUAACAAAUGCUGUACAAAUUCUUAGUAAUACAAAUGGACGUGAUAAUCAUGUCAUAAAUCAGGUUGGCAUAUUAUUGCGCGAAUUAUGCCGCCUGCACAAUGUACCACUGCCGCCCGAUAUAGACAAUUUAACCAUACCGUUUCAAUUGCCACCGCCAUCUAGUGCGUCAUCGUUGCAUCAGCAGCCUACAGCAGCAGCGGCAGUAGAACAACAGCAGCAGAUUGAAGAUAUAGAAUCAGAUCAAGAUGAAAUCGAAGAUCCGGUCGCCGAUAGCGAGCAAGAGAGUGAAAUUGAUGAGGAUCUGCCCUUGGAAAUGGACGAUGUGCGCAGUGCAAAUAAGAAGGACGAUAUGGAAGUUGAACAUUUAGCCACCUUAGAAAGACUGCGACAAAGUCAAAGACAGGAUUACUUAAAGGGUUCAGUUUCCGGUUCGGUACAAGCUACUGAUCGUCUAAUGAAAGAAUUACGUGAUAUUUAUCGUUCAGAUUCGUUCAAGAGUAACAUGUAUUCAAUAGAAUUAGUAAAUGAUUCAAUUUAUGAAUGGAAUAUACGUUUAAAGUCGGUUGAUCCCGACAGUCCUUUGCACAACGAUUUAAUAAUGCUUAAAGAGAAAGAAGGCAAAGAUAGUAUCCUAUUGAAUAUUAUCUUUAAAGAGACUUAUCCAUUUGAACCACCAUUUGUUCGUGUUGUGCAUCCUAUUAUAUCAGGUGGUUAUGUAUUAGUUGGUGGAGCCAUUUGUAUGGAAUUAUUGACGAAACAGGGCUGGAGUUCGGCAUAUACUGUUGAGGCUGUUAUAAUGCAAAUUGCUGCCACUCUGGUCAAGGGCAAAGCACGAAUACAAUUUGGCGCCACAAAGGCCUUAUCACAGGGUCAGUACAGCUUGGCGAGAGCCCAACAAAGUUUCAAAUCUUUAGUUCAAAUACAUGAGAAAAAUGGCUGGUUCACACCUCCUAAAGAGGACGGUUAAGGCGAAAUUUAUGU